AUGUUUUUUGUAUUUUUCCCUGUGUACUACACAAGUCUUAUCUCCUGUAUUUCACAGAGUAGCACCAUUUAUCAGAUAAAUUGCCUAACUGCAAACGAGAACAUCAAAAAUCGUUCUGUUUUGUUUAAGGUUUACGACGGGGCAGAUGGCGAGGCAAGGCUCUUCUUCGACGAAGGGGGCAGUCCCAUGUUGCCCGCGAGUCCGGUCUUUUGCUCCACAUUGCAUCCGGACGACGAGGAACUUCUAGUACCCCCUCCCAAGAUCGUUCGUCAGGAGCCCACGAUGCAAAAAGAAGCCCCGGACAGUGCCAACUCGCCGACCUUUUUCACGCCCUAAGGAAUCCAGGUCUCUGCCAGGGUCAAGCAGUCGGGAGAGGAGCAACGACUCUCAGGCUGUAGUUCGCGAAGGUCUGCAUGCUGUGUUUGAACAGAGAGGCAAGGAGAAAGCGGUGAAAGACGGGAAAAAGGGUUGAAAUUAGGAAUGAGAGAUUGAGAAGUGGAGAGUACUGGUUAGUGGAUGAUGUUAUAUUGGCACGUGGGAGUCGGAGAGGGAAUACAUUUGAAGUAUUUGCUUGUGUGUGUGUUUUUUUUUAGGGGGGGAGGGGGGGGGCGUGAAACCGUGGACCUUAUGGAAAUAGUGGCUGUCCGUAAUUCUCUCUGUUUUUACCAUUCUUUUUGUUUAUCGGUCUCUCUUCUCUCUUUGUCUCUGUUUUUCUGUCUAUCCGUCCGUCUGUUCGUCUGUUUCCCAAGAAGGUACGAAAUAAUUGAAUAAACCAUAUCAGGCCGACAUGAAGUUGAAAUAAGGACUUCCUGUAUUGGUUUUGCGAAUCUGAAGUCGGCGAUAAAUAUACUUACUCUCUUAGAAACACAUACAUGUCAGUAGUGAAAUUAUAAUAAAGAGAUGGAAAUACAUGACAUAAUUCUAGUUAACAAACAAUAUAAAAUCCAUUUUUUACUAAUAGAGGGUCAUUACCCAAGGAGUUUCUAAAGUAAACAAUAUAUAGCCAUACAGUGUGGACCUCACUCUGAAUAACACAACAGGCCUACCCAAGGCUCCCUAUCAUAGAUACAUUCCACGAUGAACACUACAUACGCUUUUCUUCGAUCAACUUACAGGGUACUGAGUGUUCCUACUGAUGUAAUAUUAAUUCAGAGGUUAUCACACAAGAUAGAGGAUAUUGCCAUCAGUAUAUAACUGAGGACCUUAUUUUGCUGUCAGGGAAAGCGGUCCGAUGUCUGACUUAUAGGGAAGGAUGUGAAAUAUAUCCCAGCUGAUAACCUUUGGUAAGGACGGUGUGGCAAUCUGAGUAGAGGAGAGCCGUGGGGAAAAUACUUAUGAAUUUAAUUUUCCUUCUUUACAUCUUAAUAUGGAAAGUAGGAAAGAAUAUGACAAUUGAAAUCGCAAUGUUUGUCUCAGUAAAAUUCGUGUGUUUUACAUCGCUUGUCAGUGAAGCAAAUGGCUAAUGUAAAUUUACAUGUUAUAUAAUGAAUGCAUUUUCUUUCAAAGAAAAUUUCAUACGAGAUGUUUGUUAUCAACUGCAAUAGUCACUUACUUUCCAUUUUUUCCUCGUUGUCUUUGUCUUUUUAUUUUCUUCCAUUUCCA